CUCUCCAAUUCCAUCCUCUCCCCCUCCUGGCCAGCCACCAUGUCGAACAGCACCCCCCAGAAGCCUCUGCCCUUCGGGUACCAAUUCAUCGCUGGUGCCGUUGCCGGUGUGUCGGAAAUUCUGGUGAUGUACCCAUUGGAUGUUGUCAAAACCCGAGUUCAACUCCAGCAAGGCACGGCGGCUGCCGGUGAAGAAACCUACAAUGGCAUGCUGGACUGUUUCCGCAAGAUCAUCCGAAAUGAGGGCGCCUCUCGUCUAUACCGCGGAAUCAGCGCCCCCAUCCUAAUGGAAGCCCCGAAACGCGCGACCAAAUUCGCCGCCAACGACAGCUGGGGAGCCUUCUACCGCAACCUGUUCGGCAUGGAAAAGCAAACCCAGGGCCUGGCCGUGCUCACCGGCGCCACGGCCGGCGCGACCGAGUCCUUCGUCGUGGUGCCGUUCGAACUAGUCAAGAUCCGCCUGCAGGACCGCGCCUCGGCCGGGAAAUACAACGGCAUGGUCGACGUCGUGAAGAAGAUCGUCCAAACCGAGGGCCCGCUGGCGCUUUACAACGGCCUCGAAUCUACCCUGUGGCGCCAUAUCCUGUGGAACGCUGGCUACUUCGGAUGUAUCUUCCAGGUGCGCGCGCAGAUGCCGCCCGUCGAGCCGGGAAACAAGUCGCAGCAGACCCGGAACGACCUCAUCGCCGGUUCGAUCGGAGGAACCGCCGGUACCCUGGUGAACACGCCCAUGGAUGUGGUCAAGUCGCGAAUCCAGAAUAGUCCCAAGGUGCCGGGCCAGGUGCCCAAGUAUAACUGGGCCUGGCCGGCUGUGGGGACCGUGCUGAAGGAGGAAGGCUUCGGGGCCUUGUACAAGGGAUUCAUGCCCAAGGUGUUGCGAUUGGGUCCUGGUGGUGGUAUUUUGUUGGUUGUGUUUACAGGGGUGAUGGACUUUUUCCGUACGAUGCGUGGCGAGUAAGAAGAAGCAGAAGAAGAAGAAGAAAAAAAAAAGAAGAUAGAAUUUUUGGGGGGUGCGUGUGACCAAGAAGAGAAAGUUUUGUUCCAACUUUGCAAUAUAGAUAGUAUAAUAUUGUUACUUGUUGUUAGGUUGUGCCAUAGAGAAAGAAAAUAACGACAUCU